CACAUCAUUUCCAGCGGAGAUUGGCACAGAGACGCAGCGCCGCGACCGCUCCGAUACGUCCGUUUGAAGAAGGACUGCUCCAACUUCUGCGCAUAGAGACAAAGGGGCGGAUGGGUCCAUCUGGCUCGUCCCAGAUAGAGGAUUACAUUCACGCGUUCUUUCCUUUUUUUCCUCUUUCUUUCCUCCUCCUCCUGUGGUUUCGUGUUACAAAGCCUUGGGAGGGAGUUGCGCUGAGAGCCAGUUCCUCUGUGUAGAAACUGAAUGACAGGAUCAUAUGGCUUCAUUUGCCUUUUAGUCCAAACAUUUGAGGAAAAAAAGAGGAAAACAGCGGGGGAGGAGACGCGAACCGCGGGCGAAUUCAUCCGAAAUUAACGAGGAUGUGGAAUAAUCGACAAGUCGAAAUCUGAAACAAAUCCGAGAUAACGGAGGAGGAACGGCGAGAAGGGGGAGAACAGGAUACUGGAUUUGUCGUCAGAGAGAGAGACGGCGAGGAAAGCGCAGGACGCGUCGCCUGUAAUCGUCCCCGCCAUCACCGUAAUAACACGGCAUUGUUUCCUGGAUGGUGGAUGCAAAUGCGUGCGGCCUAGCAGCAAAAAGAUAACGCCCAAUGUGACCUUCACCCGAGCCGUUCGCGGAAAGAAGACAGAGGCGAAACAACCUGAAAGGGAGACUGAGGAGAAAACGCAGAGCCGCGCGAGGGAGGAGAAGAAAAACAAGCUGCCAGGAGCCCGACUGCUCUCCAGAGUCCCACCGAUCAACAGAUUGAUUCCUCGAUCCAUCACUCAGCGGCUGCUCUGACGAAUGGGAGCUGACAUGGGAGCCGUGGGCGGGACCAAGGUCCUGCUCCUGGUGUUAAUACUCGGGUGGCAGAAGUCGCUGGGGCUCAACUGGAACCCGACCCCCCGGAAGACUGUGCGGUACCACAAUGUGUGGGACAGCAUGGCGAGGUUCAGCGUCCAGGGCGUCUUCAACUACAGCAUGCUGACCCUGUCCGACCACGAGCGGACGCUGUACGUGGGCGCGCGGGAGGCGCUGUUCGCCCUGGACCCCAACGACAUCAGCAGACAGCUACGGACUCAGAUCGACUGGCCGGCUCCGCAGGAAAAGAAGAGGGAGUGCGUCGCCAAGGGAAAGAACAACCAGACCGAAUGCUUCAACUACAUCCGCUUCCUGCAGAGCUACAACCACACGCACCUCUACACCUGCGGCACCUACGCCUUCCAGCCCAAGUGCACCUACGUGAACGCGGACCAGUUCACCCUCAACAACGCGGCCGUGGAAGACGGCAAGGGGAAGUGCCCGUAUGACCCGGCCAAAGGUCACACUGGCCUCAUAGUGGAUAAGGAGCUGUACUCUGCCACGCUCAACAACUUCCUAGGUACUGAGCCAGUCAUUCUGAGGAACCUGGGCCAGCAGCACUACAGCAUGAAGAGUGAAUUCUUGCCUUCCUGGCUCCACGAGCCCGACUUCGUGGGUUCGGCCCUGGUGCGAGAGAGCGGCGGCAGCAAAGAGGGCGACGACGACAAGAUCUACUUCUUCUUCAGCGAGCGGGCCCCGGAGCUGGACUGUGACAGGGAGCUCACUGUGGCCAGAGUGGCCCGCGUCUGCAAGGGGGAUCUGGGCGGCACCAGGACCCUGCAGAAGAAGUGGACCACCUUCCAGAAGGCCCGGCUGGAGUGCUCCCUCCCCGAGCGCCACGUCUCCUUCAACAACCUCAGGGCCGUGUUCACGCUGCCGGGCCAGGACUGGAGAGGCACCGCCUUCUACGGCAUCUUCCACGCCCAGUGGGGCGACGUGGACGUGUCGGCAGUGUGCCAGUACCAGAUCGCCGAUGUGAAGAAAGUGUUCGAAGGCUCCUACAAGGAGUACAGGGAGGCAUCCCAGAGGUGGGGGCGCUACACUGGUGCGGUCCCUGUCCCCCGUCCUGGAUCGUGCAUCACUAACUCGGACAGGGAGAACGGCUACAACAGCUCCCUGCACCUGCCCGACGCCACGCUCAACUUCGCCAAGAAGCACCCGCUGAUGGAGGACAAAGCCUCGGCUCGGCCCCUGCUGCUCACCAAGGGUGUCAACUUCACCAGGCUGGCGGUGGACCGGGUCAGCGCCCUGGACCAGCGGGCCUACAACAUGCUCUUCAUCGGCACAGCCGAGGGCUGGCUGCAGAGGGUGGUGAUCCUGGGCGCCGAGACCCACGUGAUCGAGGAGAUCCAGCUGUUUGCGACGGCUCAGCCGGUGGACAGCCUGACCGUCUCGCACUCCAAGAAGUACUUGUACAUCGGCUCUCGCUCCGAGGUUCUCCAGCUGCCCUUGGCCAACUGCAGCCGCUAUCAGUCUCAGCCAGACUGCCUGCUCGCCCGGGACCCUUAUUGCGCCUGGGACAGCGAGGGUCGAGCUUGUGUCCGCAUUGACCUCCACCGCGGGUCCACCUCCUCCUUGUCACAGGACCUCAUGUUGGAAAGGUUCAGCCGAGGAAAAGCCAAGUUCGAUAAGCCUGUUUCCAUCCCCAGCCCCGAGCACUCCCGUCUGCGGAACGUAACAGUGGUGGUGGGGUCCGACAUGGUGCUGCCCUGCCAGCUGGUCUCUAACCUGGCCCAGCCCUGCUGGUUCUUCAAUGACCGUGAGCUCCUGCUGGGCGACCCUGAGGCUGGGGGGCCGCACUUUGACCGCACCCUCAAGGCCCUGGUUGUCCCUGAAGCAGGCCAGGUGCAAGCAGGUCGCUACAUCUGCUACUCGGAGGAGCAGGGGGUCAAGUUCCAGACCGAGCGCUACCAGGUGGCCGUGGUGGCCAGUGCGCCCGUGUUUAUGGAGGCCCGGGCUCCAGACACCAGCAUGGGGCUGUUCUGGGUGCUGGUGAUCACCCUGGGGGCGGCGUGCCUGAUGCUCCUCAUAGCGGCGCUCUACCUGCGCAGGCGGCUGAAGCUGGCGCUGGGCAAAGGCGCCGACAUGAAGCCGCUGGAGAGCACGCUGGUCUAUCCCAUCACCCUGCCCAAGGAGCCUCCCACCUUCGUGCCCAGCAAGAUGCCCAGCGACGAGGACCGCUUCUGGGAGACGGGCGCCAACUAUUACUACUCGGACGGCUCGCUGAAGAUCGUUCCCGGCCACGCCGUGGGGCCCAACGGCGUCGGCGGCACGGCGUCUCCCAGUGCGAUUCCCGGGCAGCCCAUCCACUCCCCCAGCCGUCUCAGCCUCACCAACAUCCGGGGCUCCAGUGGCAACGGCUACAUCCGCCUCAACCUGAGCACAGCGGGGGAGGAGAGGGCUAGCGGGGCUGGCACUGGGGGCGGCGGCCUCGGCGGCCUCGGCGUGGGCAGGAACGACUACUCCAGCCCCUUCAAGGAGGAGCUGCGGCGCACGCUGCAGCAGAGGAGCGUGCUGCCCGACGCCAACCCCGAGGAGUCGUCCGUCUAGGCCGCGCCUCCUGCGCCUCCGUCCCGAGUUGGAAAAACAAAACAACCAACCUACCUCCCUCCUCUAGAGGAUGCCUGCUCUCUCUCUCUCUCUCUUUCAGUGACUCGCUGUCAGUCCCCCCAUGCUCCCUCCCGCUCUGCCAAUGCCUGUUUGGCUCACUGUAGACGUUUAUAGCACACAGCAUGUUAAAUAUACACACCCAUACAUGUGUUCUCGCCACCGUGCAGAGGUGGUUGUGACUUUUUCUGCUUUCACUGUCAAUUGCCACUUGUGUAAAUUGUGUAUUUAUAAAGACUGAACGCGGAGGAGAACACCUCAAGCAUGGAAAUCAAACAAACGGCGUUAUAUGUUUUCUGAGGGGCACAUUUCUUUUACACUGAGUAGACGAGCGAGGCUUUUAGCCCCCGUACUGAAACCAGUUGACGAAAGGCAUGGGCAACCGACUGGAAAUACUGAACUGACUCUUUAUCCUUCUGUUGCUUUGAGAGUUUUUCAGCUUACUGCACUUAAGAACUGGAAGCGUGUCUUCCCCUUUUUUUGUAUUUGUGAUGCAGGAGUGCGAGAGCGGUCGAAAAACAAAGGACUAAUUAAUCUCGAAGCACGACGACAAUCACGUCCCUGUAGCAGGAGCUCUGCUUGGGACAGAGAGGAGAGAGAGCACGAGACAAAGAGAGGAUAUUAAAUGGGAAACGAAGUGAACGGGAGUGAACGACAAAUGAGGGUUUAUGAAUGAAGGACAAUCUCUCAAGACUUUCUCUGCUCAAUUUGUAUUUUUCCCCCCACAUUGUAUUUACCCCUGGAGAAAGCUCUUGAUUCCUUCCACUUUAAUUUGUUGUGAGGGUUGGUUUGAAUUGAGACAUUUCUUGCAGUUUCUUUUUCUACGUCUUACGGACCACAGUGGUUUUCAACGGACUCGUGCUCCUGUCUGUGAACGACGAAGCGAGGGCCAGCGCUUGCAUGGCGACCUUCAGACGCACCUUGAGGCCCAUUAUACGACGCGGCACACUCCAUAUGACGCCCGGGCCCGUGUUCUGAUUGAGCCCUUUAGGGCGUUCAUUCACCUGCGUAUAAAAGAAAUAACUAUUUGCAGGGAAACAGUAAUUGCACACUUUAUUCCAAAUUGAAGUUGACGUGAAAAUAUUAGGCAUAGAGAAUGUAGUUGAACCCUCACUGAUGUGACCGCUGUGGAUGUCUCAAUAAGUGCUUUACAUUUUCUGCGUUUAUGUGAGGGCGGUAACCUGCACUGCCAAGAAGGACAGACCCCCCCCCCCCCCCCCCCCCCCCCCCCCCCCCCCCCCCCCCUUACUCGCACAGAUCAACACACAGUUGCAGAGUAAAUGCCAGCCCUGCACCCCUUCCCCCAUACCGAUGCCCAGAGACUGACCGGGGCUACUGUGGACGUAUGCAGAGACACACACACACACACACACACACACACACACACACACACACACACACACACACACACACACACACACACACACACACACACACACACACACACACACACUGUUGAUUGAGGAAUGGACAGACCGAUCGCUGCUGUGAUGGGAAACUGCUGGUUCCUGGAGGGAAGCAGCCACCGACGAGCGAAAGCAGGUCUUGACUUGUAUGGGACGUUUCCUUUGGGACCAGAUACUCGAGCGCAGCCAGAAGAAAAGGAAGGACGACGACACUUUGUUUCGCCUCGGAGUGUACAGAGCGGGGACAGAUGUAGAAUAUCAAAAGCUGAAGAGGCACUCAGCCAUCGGCACUCCAUCCUAGUGUUGCAUGACCCUCUGCAAGUGGACUGUACAUGUUUGAUAUGAUCAUCCUUGUACAAGUGCUUCAUUUUUGAUCAAUCCUUUCUGGACUGUUUCAACACUAAUCUUGUGGAAGAUUAUUUGUCUCUGAAAAAGAAAAUGCCAGUGUCUCUGAUUCAUGGCUCAAGGGUUGUACAGGAAUUUGUGGCUGCAUUUCAAUAUGUUUACUUUUUCGGUGCCUCUUCACGUUUUCGGAUAAGCCAAAGUAGACUGCAGCUGCUUCUGUUCUUGUUGAAAUACUUCAAUUAACCUUAUUUGUUGUUUCUAGAUCGAUAUUUAAGUUUCAGCAGUCCGUCCACUUUGCUAUACCGAGCUGAUGUGUGCAUGUUUUAUCCGCUCCCUCGAGUGAAAUGCAAAAAGGCUGAAGGCUGCUUCCUUCCUUUUUUUACAUUUCAGUAGUGACAGACUGCGCCCCCCAUUUUUAUAAAAGGCUGAAUGAUGUACCAAAACCAUUAUUUAAUUUGUUGUACCCUGAAAAAACCAAAAGAGAUACUGUUGAUCAGUACUAGAAUGUGUCCUCUCCAUUGUGUUAAAUUACCUGAGAAGAAAGAUGAGAAACACGUGAGCUCUUUACACUGGUACUUGGUUAUGUCCCAAUAUAAUUCUCUUUAAUAGCUUUUCUUUUCAUAUGACGUGCUGCAAAAGCAAAGAAAAAGAUACAAUAAUACAGUCUCAUGCUUAAAACAAAUGCAUGUGUAAUGUAUUGUAUGCAUAUUGUUUCAUUUUGAUCGAUUUUCCUUUCACACAAGGCUUUAACUCAAAAAAAUGCUGUUAUAACAAAUUAUUAUUUGUAUUAUACUAUUAUACGGAUUUCAUUUUGCCCCAUUUUGCUUGUUUGUUUGUUUUUAACUUAUUUUAACUUGUAAAAAGUUGUUGAUAUUUAUUAUCAUUGUACAUAUGUCCUUAUUUUUUAUAUGUGUGUAUAUAUAUAUAAAUAUAUGUAUACACAAAUAAAAAUAGAGAUAUA